UGUAUAUUGUAAAUAUGUAACUAAUUUCAACUUCAACAUCAGUAUUUAUAACGGCGUUUCUAUGACUGUAAAUUGCAUUGUAUCGCGUGCAUUAUGUUGUAACUAAUUUCAACCCUGUCCUACAUAAAAGAAACGCCAGAUGAACUGCGUGCGUGUACACAAGUUACGCACGUUUGUAAAUCUCUAUUCACGUUUACGCCUGUAGCGCAGCGCACAGCUGAAAACAUUCCAGCGGUACGCUGUCACCUCCGUAACUUGCGUACGUGCUUCCAGCGCACACGAGCAAUCUCACAUCCACCUGACCAGCCUAGAAAAACCACACCUCUCGCUCGGGGUGUGCUGUGCUACCCUCCCGUGCUCCUGGACAUCACAACAGUCGCUGACAGGGCCUUAAUCGACACUCGUAUCAGACCUGCUGUGGGUGUGUGCAUGCAGCAUAAUGGAGCAGGCGAAACCCCGAACGGAGAGCCGCCUCCGCUUUCCUUUAGCGCAGCAGCUCCGCUCCAAAUGGCAACAUCACGGGUGAGGAGGUUCGCGCAGGAGGGGCGGACGGUCCCUCCGCAGCCGAGAGUGAUGGUGGUGUUUUCGGCUGCGAGUGACACUGAGAAACCGGGAGAUGCGAUGUCGGGCGCGGACACCGGGGAAGAGGAGUAUCGCAAACCAGCCAUACCUGUCCCUAACCUGAAUCUAGGGAAGUCUCUUCGCACCUUAGACGCACCUGAAGAGUUCCCUGAGGUCAUCCCCCUAAAUGUAGGAGGAACAUAUUUCACCACUCGGCUGUCCACCCUGCGACGUUAUGAGGACACUAUGCUGGCUGCCAUGUUUAGUGGCCGCCACCACAUUCCCAGGGAUGCAGAGGGGCGAUAUUUCAUCGACCGAGACGGAGCAUAUUUUGGGGAUAUUCUGAAUUUCUUGCGAGAGGGCGAGCUGCCUCAGAGGGACCGUGUUCGUGCGGUGCACAGAGAAGCUCAGUAUUAUGCUAUUGGGCCUCUUUUGGAAAGCCUGGAGGACACCCAGCCACUUACUGGAGAGAAAGUGCGACAGGCUUUUCUUGAUCUUUUGCCCUAUUAUAAAGAAAAUCUUGAGCGCAUUGUGGAGAUUGCAAAACUCCGUGCCAUGCAGAGGAAGGCUCGUUUUGCAAAACUGAAGAUCUGUGUGUACAAGGAGGAGAUGCCCAUCACCCCUUAUGAAAGACCGCUGUUCAAUUCGCUGCGAUUUGAGCGUUCGGAGAGCGAGGCCAAGCUGUUUGAGCACCAUUGUGAGGUUGACGUGUCCUUCGGGCCCUGGGAGGCAGUGGCGGAUGUUUAUGACCUUCUUCACUGCAUAGUAAGCGACCUGGCAGAGCGCGGCAUCUCUGCUGACCAGCAAUGCAUCGGUGUGUGUGACAAACACCUCAUCAACCACUACUACUGCAAAAGGCCAAUAUAUGAGUUUAAAAUCACCUGGUGGUGAAGGGUGAGGUGUUUACUAUUGCCAAGAACCGAGAAUCGCAAGUCUGAGCAAACAAAGUUCACUGCUGUCUACAGUGAAACCAGCAGGAUCACAGAGUCCUACUCAACAUGAGUAGAAAUAAUGACAAGCUUUUGAAUAAGAUGGCUGUUAUUGUGGCAUUUGCUCUUUUGUUUCUUCAUGAAACUUGCAACCCGAAAAUUUCUUUUAUGGGCAGCUCUGUUGAUUCCUUAGUUUUUGUAAGUAAUUUAUUUAGUUUGUUUAGAAUAAACCCGGAAUCGUUUAGUCCAGUUGUAGUUCCACAGGGAUUUUCUGGAAUCGUCCUCAGAGGAAGUGAAUUCAUGUGAAACAGUGUUUUCUGUUCUAAAUAUGACAUCUCUUAAGUAUGUUUCUGUGUUAGAUGUAUUGAAUGUAUUAACAGUUUGAUCGAAGAAUCACUCAACUGGACCCAUAUUCGGAAAUCGAAAGUCUGUUAUAGCUUGUGAUGUUGUUCUUAAGAAGGAAACCUUUUUUUCCCUUACAGUAUUUUACCACAUUUUUUUUUACAUGGUUUAUACAUAUGUGACCCUGGAUCACAAAACCAGUAAGUAAACAAAACCAGUAACAAAAAAAUAAGGGUAAUUUUUUCAAAAUUCAGAUUUAUACAUCAUAUGAAAGCUGAAUAAAGAAGCUUUCCAUUGAUGUAUGGUUUUUUUUAGGAUAGGACAAUAUUUGGCCAAGAUACAACUAAUUAAAAUCAGAAAUCUGAGGGUGCAAAAAAAAUCAAAAUAUUGAGAAAAUUGCCUGUAAAGUUCUUCAGAUAAUAUUCCUAACAAUGUAUAUGACUAAUCAAAAAUUAAGUUUUCAUACAUUUACAGUAUGUAU